AUGAACGGCACCAAAAGUACUCCGUCCGAGACGCCCGCGCAACUGCCGGUACCGAUGACUGCCGACGGGAUGACUGGCAACAGCUCCUGGGCCGAGUUGCUGAACUACACGUUUGAGAACGAGGCGCUCUACCACGUCAACACGUCGACCAUCGAGCGGAUCGUGUCCAUGAUGGUGCCGGUAUUCUUCGGUUUCAUCGGACUGGCUGGUUUGCUCGGCAACGGGCUGGUUGUGCUCGUGGUUGCCGCUAACCAGAGCAUGCGAUCGACGACCAACCUGCUGAUCAUCAACCUAGCGGCGGCGGAUCUGCUGUUCGUCGUGUUUUGCGUUCCGUUCACGGCCGUCGACUACGUGCUACCGGAGUGGCCCUUCGGGGAUUAUUGGUGCAAGUUUGUGCAGUACAUGAUCGUCGUGACGGCACAUGCCAGCGCGUACACUCUGGCACUGAUGUCACUGGAUCGAUUCCUGGCCGUGGUGCAUCCCAUCACCAGCAUGUCGAUCCGCACGGAACGCAAUGCCUCGAUUGCCAUCUGCUUGACGUGGUUUGUCAUCCUGACGACAGCUAUUCCGGUGGCUAUUUCACACGGAGUCCUGUUCUACCCGCGCCAGGGUGGCUACUAUACUGCUUGCUUGUUCCUACACAACGAGGGUUACAGUUUAGUAGCGUUUCACGUGUCAUUUUUCCUGUCAUCGUACGUGGUGCCACUGUCACUGAUAUCGUUCCUGUACAUGGGCAUGCUGGCUCGACUCUGGAAGGGAGCCCCGGGAGGCCGCGCAUCGGCCGAAUCCAGGAGAGGCAAAAAGCGCGUCACUCGUAUGGUCGUCGUCGUGGUGCUGGUGUUUGCCUUCUGCUGGUGCCCAAUACAGGUGAUCCUGCUGCUGAAGUCGCUGAAGCUGUACGAGCUUACCCACGCCAGCAUCAUCUUUCAGAUCGUGUCGCACGUGCUGGCCUACACCAACUCCUGCAUCAACCCGGUUCUGUACGCGUUUCUGUCCGACAACUUCCGGAAGGCGUUCCGCAAGGUCGUCUGGUGUGGAAAACCUCUACCACCAGCCAUGCCACCGGCGGCACAAACCAAAACCACGCGCACAACAGGCAAUGGUACGUCAAACGCGGACGCCUUAUGA